AUGAGUUCGCAUUUGGUUGGUCCUCUAACCUUCAGAAACACUGAGGGGGGAAAGCAACCUAACAAUUUGGUGGAAUCAUUGCCUGAUAAUAGUGAGGACUCGCUGUCUUCGAAAGACUCAACAUCGUCAUUGACCCUUUCCUCAACGGCAUCUACAGAUUCUACUAUUUCUUCAAGUUUAAAAUCACACCUCGGAAGAAACAGUAAGAAUUUACAUUUGGAAUCUCAAAUACCUGAACUUGAUGAACCUUUGAGUAAUUUGGAUCUUUCUCAAGACUUGGAUGGGACAAGCUCAUCGAGCGACUCUUGUGAAGAAGAACCGCAAUUGAAAGAUGCCGUACCUUUAGGUCCUCAUCAACCAAAGAAUCAACGUGAAAUUGAUUCACGAUCAAUUUAUGUUUCUAAUAUACCUUUUAAAAUCUCACCUUGGAAGUUAAAACAGAUAUUCACCUAUGGUACACCUUCGAUCCCCGGAUGUGGUGAAAACUCAAUCAACAGGGUAACUAUUGUAUGCGAUAGGUAUAGUGGGUUACCAAAAGGGUACGCCUAUAUCGAAUUCUCUGAUAAGAAAUACGUUGAAAAUUCAUUGAGAUUCAAUGGCUUAGAUGUAGAUGGUCGUAAUAUUGAAGUCUACAAGAAGAGAACAAACUUACCGUGGAUUAAUGCAAAUUCAGCCAGAAAACACUUUUAUUUAAAUGGAAAUCACAAUGACAAAUUCGGUAAUAAUUAUAAUUUUUUUUCUAAACAUGGUACAUUCAAAAACAUUUCAACGGAAAACAACCAUAGUAUAAUGGAUAGCAACAACAAUUCAAUGGAUAAAAACAACAACAACUUAAGGGAUAGCAACAAUAACAUAAUAGAUAACAGCAAUAACUUAAUGGAUAACAACAAUGACUAUAUGGAUAACAACAAUAGCUUUAUGGAUAACAGCAAUAGCGUAACGGAUAACAAUUAUAAAACAAAAUUUAAUGAUUUAAUGGGUAACAAAAAUAAUGAUAACAAACAAUUCGGAUACUUUAAUAGAAACUUUACCAAACACAGAAAUAGCAACUACAAUUUCUUAAAUCAUGAUUUAAGAAAUACAAAGUAUUCACCUUCAAACUUUAAACAUCAUAGUAUACCAUCUAAGAUGGAAAGCCCCGGUGGCUAUUCUAGUGUGGAUGUUAAUGAAAACAAAGAUAGCAACGUUGAAAACAGAGAUAAUACCACUAGUGAGCACGGCCACGAACAUGAAUUGACAAAUGUCUCCUCCCCACUAGGAUCGGACAACUCGUUGGAAGGUUCUGUGAGUUCCAAUGACACUUAUCACCCUGGUGGAAUGUCUUCUAGAGGUAGAGCCAGUAGAGGAGUCAGAGGCAGAGGUAGAGGAUCUAGCAGAGGCAGAGGUAGAGGUAGAGGAUCCAGCAGAGGCAGAGGUGGUCUUGCACUUCAUGGUAAGCUUGUGAUCGAUGACCACCACUACUUAACUCCGUCUUCAAGAGUAGGUAUAUAUAAUAAUUCAGAGUGA